AUGACGAAGAUUGCACUAUUGGGCGCCGCAGGCCAGAUUGGGACCCCGCUGUCUCUGCUUUGCAAAUCGAGCGACCUCUUUACUGAGAUUGCACUUUAUGACAUUGUCCAUGUUCCUGGAAUUGCCACAGAUCUCAACCACAUUGAUACCAAGGCCAAAGUCACUGGACACUUGCCUGACAACAAUGGGUUGGCUGCCGCUCUGAAAGGUGCCGACAUAAUCGUCGUCACUGCGGGUAUAGCAAGGAAGCCCGGCAUGACAAGAGAUGAUUUGUUCAAGACCAAUGCCAGCAUCAUUCGUGACAUCUUCCAAGAGGUAGCCAAGACAUGCCCACGUGCACUAUGCUGCAUCGUCACGAAUCCCGUAAACUCGACCGUUCCCGUGGCCGCCGAGACUUUGCGCAAGGCCGGCGUCUUUGACCCGACCCGCCUCUUUGGCGUCACUACCCUCGACGUGGUGCGGGCGUCGACUUUUGCGUCUCACGUUGACACAAGCAUUGAUCCUCAAUCCAUCAAGGUUCCAGUCAUUGGCGGUCACAGCGGUGCACCCAUCCUGCCCUUGUACAGCCAGGCUCAGCCUCCCGUCCACCUGGACAAUGAUACGUUGGCGCAGGUCAUUCAUAGGGUUCAGUUUGGUGGCGACGAGAUUGUCAAGAGCAAACAGGGAGCCGGCAGUGCGACGACUUGUAUGGCUUAUGCAGGCUUCCGCUUCGUCAAGGCUCUUCUCACUGCUCAAGCGGGUACGGCGGUCGUCGAAGAGGCUUACGUCUAUCUUCCGGGUGUGCCAGGAGGUGACGCUCUCGCCGCGGAGCUAGGUGUUGACUAUUUCGCCGUGAAGGUCAAGUUGACAGAGAAUGGGGCAAGCCAGGCAUUCCCCAUUGGCCAACUUUCGGAAAAUGAGCAGAAGCUUUUGCAAAUAGCCAUUACGGAUCUACGCGCCAACAUUGCGACUGGAUUGGAUUUCAUGGCUCAAUAG